AUGAUGAAAGCAAGAUUUGUGUUGAGUGCACGCUUCGCGUCGGGUGCGCUACUUAAAAGAGCAGCCGGUUCUUCGGCGGCGAAGAUCUCUGCGAUGCAGACCAUUCAUCUUUACAAGGCCAGAAAAUGGCGAGGGUGGUGCAACUCCCUCGGCAGCUGGAACGUCGGCAGGGAGUUCGGAAAACUCGCACAUUCCCGUUUCUGGGACGACGUCUUCCCUGGGUCCAACGAUGACCCCGCAAAAUUCCUUCAGCUUGACGGCAAGCAGGGCCAAAAAUACCUUACCUCUAGAUCUGGAUCCCUCCUGGAGCAGACCGGCCACUUUGCAUAUUUGAUAAUGCAGAAAUGCAGGGAAGAGCUUGGAGAGACUGGAAGGAAGAACCACGAAACGGAAUAAAGUGACUAUUAUCCCGCAACGCGAUCCAUUUUUAAAGAGGAUCCGCUAGUUCGCGUAAUCCAACCUCACAGCGGGCGUCACGCGCACAUUGCAAUUCUGCCGAUAACCGUCAGCUUCAUUACAUGUGCGCUU